AUGCAGUCACACAGCAAGAAACGUGUUUGCUACUACUACGACAGUGACAUUGGAAACUAUUACUAUGGCCAGGGGCAUCCGAUGAAACCGCACCGCAUACGCAUGACGCACAACCUGCUGCUCAACUAUGGCCUGUACCGGAAGAUGGAAAUUUAUCGACCACACAAAGCUACGGCAGACGAGAUGACAAAGUUCCACUCGGACGACUACAUCCGGUUCCUACGAUCGAUCCGUCCGGAUAAUAUGUCCGAGUACAACAAGCACAUGCAGCGAUUUAACGUCGGUGAAGAUUGUCCCGUGUUUGAUGGAUUGUACGAGUUUUGUCAGCUGUCGGCAGGCGGAUCCGUAGCCGCCGCUGUUAAGCUGAACAAACAGGCGUCAGAAAUUUGUAUCAACUGGGGCGGUGGGCUGCAUCACGCGAAAAAGUCGGAAGCGUCCGGCUUUUGCUACGUAAACGACAUCGUGCUCGGCAUUCUGGAGCUGCUGAAGUACCACCAACGGGUGCUGUACAUCGACAUUGACGUACACCAUGGGGACGGUGUCGAGGAAGCAUUCUACACUACCGAUCGCGUUAUGACGGUAAGCUUCCACAAAUAUGGUGAAUAUUUCCCCGGUACGGGUGAUCUGAGAGACAUUGGAGCUGGACGGGGCAAAUACUACGCGGUGAACAUUCCGCUCCGGGACGGAAUGGACGAUGAGUCGUACGACUCGAUCUUUGUACCGAUCAUCUCGAAGGUGAUGGAAACGUUCCAACCGUCAGCGGUGGUACUCCAGUGCGGUGCAGAUUCCCUAACCGGCGAUCGGCUCGGUUGCUUCAAUCUAACCGUCAAGGGACACGGCAAGUGCGUAGAGUUUGUGAAAAAGUAUAAUCUACCGUUCCUGAUGGUGGGCGGUGGAGGGUACACGAUCCGGAACGUGUCCCGUUGCUGGACAUACGAAACGUCGGUUGCGCUAGGGGUCGAGAUUGCCAACGAAUUGCCGUACAACGAUUAUUUCGAGUACUUUGGGCCAGAUUUUAAGUUGCACAUCAGCCCAAGCAACAUGUCCAACCAGAACACGACCGAGUACCUCGAGAAGAUAAAGAACCGGUUGUUUGAGAAUUUGCGCAUGUUGCCGCAUGCGCCGGGUGUUCAGAUACAACCGAUUCCGGAGGAUGCGAUCAAUGACGAGUCGGAGGACGAGGAUAAGGUAGAUAAGGACGAACGGCUGCCGCAACAGGACAAGGACAAACGGAUAGUGCCGGAUAAUGAGUUUUCCGACUCGGAAGAUGAAGGAGAAGGUGGCCGGAGGGAUAACCGAUCGUUCAAGGGACAACCAGGUGGACAACAGCAGUCCCGCAAGAGGCCGCGCAUCGAAAAGGAUGGCAAGACGGAGGACGUAAAGGAUGAAAAGGAAGCUAAAAUGGACACUAGCGGUGACAAGGAGGAAACCAAAGCGGCUGAAGAACCGGCCAAGAAGGAAACGACAGGCGUUGCAUGA